AUGGCCUGCACUGCAGCAGCAGCAGCAAACCCUCACUUGAAGCAGCAAAAAAGCACAGGAGCAGAAUCUCUUUAUGAAGAAGAGCCCCUGACUCCUUUAUAUCCUUCUUCGGAAGCAACUGCUGCUUCCACUCCCGGCUCAACCACUGCAGCAGCAGCAGCAGCAGCAGCAGCAGCAGCAGCAGCGGGGGCCAAGGGGGCCAAGCCUGCUGCAGCGGGAAACCCCCAAACCCCCGACGAAGCAGCAGCAAACCUCAAGGGGCCCCAAAACCCCACAGGGGACCUGAACCCUCCUUACACCCAAAAUGCCCCCAGCAGCAGCAGCAGCAGCAGCAGCAGCAGCAGCAGCAGCUGGUGGAAGCAGGUGCUGUUCGCUCUGGGGUUCGGGACCCACAGAGUUGAGACCUUUGGAGGCGUCAGCAGCAGCAGCAGCAGCAGCAGCAGCAGCAGCAGCAACGGGGGCUCUCUGGGGUCCCUGUCUCACCCCCGGGGCCGCGAGGGCGCGCUGCUGCACGGCAGCACGCAGCAGCAGCAGCAGCAGCAGCGGCAGUGGCAGCAGCAGCAGCAGCAGCAGCCAGCAGCCUACGUCAAAAGCCACCGGCAGCAGGUUUGCUGGGCCUUCGUUUUGGGGUCUCUUUGUCUCUUAAUAAUGGGAGCUCUCUGCUGGAGUUUGUCUCCUUUGCCAGCAGCAGCAGCAGCAGCAGCAGCAGCAAAACGCUGCUUGGCGGCCUUCGAAGCAGCAGAAGACGCAGGGCUGCUGCUGGGGGGCCCCAGCAGCCUUGCUGCUGCUGUCAAGGACUACUUGCUGCAGCAGCCGGCGCAGAAGCAGCAGCUGCUGCACCAAGCCUGGAUGGCCAGGCAGAAGCAGUACCAGCAGCAGCAGCAGCAGCAGCAGCAGCAGAACGAGCAGCAAGCAGCAGCCGCAGCAGCAGCAGCAGCAACUGCUGCUGCUGCCACCUUCGGCUCCAACAGCAACUUUAUGGCCAGCCUCGUCGUUGAUGCAGCAGCAGAAUACCUGUCGCUGCGAAAGGGAGUGGUGCAGCAGCAGCAGGCGUACGGUUUGCUGCUGCAGGAGCUGCAGCAGCAGCAGCAGCAGCAGCAGCUUAGCGAGUUGCUGCUCGAUGAGACGCAGCUCAGGCGCCUUGCUGCUGCUGCAGAGGCGGCACCAGCAGCAGUACCUGCUGCAGCAGCAGAUGUAGCAGCGAACCAAGAAACAGCAGCAGCCGCAGCAGCAGCAGAAAACACUGCAGCAGCUACUUCAUUAGCAGCUGCUCAAGAUCAAACAGCAGCAACUGCAGCAGAAGCAGCAGCAAACGCGCCUAGGCCGUCAACCGAAACGCAGCUGCAGCAAAAUCCACAAGGCACAAAUGACAGCCACAGCACCGUACAGCAGCAGCAGCAGCCGCAGCAGCAGCAGCAGCAGCCGCAGCAGCAGCCUCAGCAGCAGCAGCAGCAGUCGCAGGAGCAGCCGCAGGAGCAGCCGCAGCAGCAGCAGCAGCAGCAGCAGCAGCAGCAGUCGCAGGAGCAGCCGCAGGAGCAGCCGCAGCAGCAGCAGCAGCAGCCGCAGCAGCAGCAGCAGCCGCAGCAGCAGCAGCAGCAGCAGCAGCGAGCUCAUGAGCACGGACACACAAGAUGGCGUAGAACGAACUUGGACGGGCAAAGCCAACAGGGGGAGGAGCAGCAGCAGCAGCAGCAGCAGCAGCAGCAGCAGGCAAAGGAUCAGCCCAAGGACGAAGAAAAGCAACAGGAGCAGCAGCAGGAACAGCAGCAGGAACAGCAGCAGCAGGAGCAUCAGCAGCAGCAGCAGCAGCAGCGGCAGCAGCACGAGCAACAGGAGCAGCACGAGCAGCACGAGCAGCAAGAGCAGCAGGAGCAGCAGGAGCAACCGCAGCAGCAGGAGCAGCAGGAGCAGCAGCAGGAGGAGGAGUCACGGCAGCGGCAGCAGCAAGAGCUGCUGCAGCAACACAGACGAUCUAUUCGAGAGGCCCUGCUGCUGGGGGAGCUGCCAAUGUCCUUGCAGCAGCACCUCGGUGGCCUCAGCAGCAGCAGCAGCAGCAGCAGCAGCAGCAGCAGCAGCAGCAGCAGCAGCCUUGACGAAGAGAGCGACACCACUAUCAGCCUCGAGAAGGAAGUCAACGACAUCAACGCCGGCGGCAUCCCCAGCGACAGCAGCAGCAGCAGCAGCAGCAGCAGCAGCAGCAGCAGCAGCAGCAAGCUGGUGGCUGAGGCUUCGCGCCUGAUGGAGGAAGCAAUGCUGAGGAAGCGCAGAGCCACAGAAGCACUAAUUGCUGUUUUUGUGAAAGGAGAGCAGCAGCUGCAGCAGCAGCUGGUGUCUCUCAUGUCUUUGCUGCAGCGCAGCAGAGCAGAAGACCUGCAGCAGCAGCAGCAGCAGCAGCAAAUGCAGGCGCAGCUGCGCAUGCUCUCCCACGAGAAGUCGGCGCUGCGCAGCAGCAGCCACCAGGGGCCAAGCAGCACACAGCAGCAGCAGCAGCAGCAGCAGCAGCAGCAGGAGCAGCAGCAGCAGGGGGAGGAGCAGGUGCUGGAAUGGCAGCAGGAAGAGGCUGAGCUGCAGCAGCAGGACCUGCUGCUGCUGCGCGCGGAGCAGCAAGCCGUUGCUGCUGCUGCUGCUGCUGUCCGUGAUGUGCUGCAGCAGGCGCAGCAGCUAGCAGCAAAGUCGCUGCAGCUGUACACCAUAGAGCGGAAGCUUUGGGACAUGCAGCUUGCUGCUGCGACGCAGCAGCAGCAGCAGGUUGCUGCUGCUGAGCCUGCAGCAGCAGCAGCAGCAGCAGCAGCAACGGCAGCGACCGAGCCAACAACGGCAGCAGCAGCAUCAGCAGACAGCGCAAUUCUUGUGCGUUCCCUUGCUGCUGCUCCUGCUGAGGGCACAGCAGCAGCAGCAGCAGCAGCAGCAGCAGCAGCAGCAGCAAAGUGCCCCAUUUCUUUUGCUGCUCUCCGCAUGCAGCCCCAAGGAGAAGCUCUUCUGAGGGCCCUCAAGGAGCGCUCGGGAGAGCGGCAGCUGCUUGCUGCUGAUUUGGCGCUGCAGUGCAGCAGCGCGCAGCAGCAGCUGCUGCUGCCUCCCUUCUUUGCGGAUUUGCUGCAGCACUUUCCCCUGGCUGCUCUCUGA